UUGUUGUUGUUUUUGUUUUCUGAAUCUGUCCACGGCUCAUAUUUCAUCCUGGUUGCUCUGUAUUUCAGGUGUAAUUACGGCGAACAGAAUCACAGCGAGUUCACCAGACACAGAUCUGCCGACAGUCUCCGGCCUGCGGAAAAUGGGCAUCAAUUUCACUACGAGCAACAAAGAAGCGGCACACAAGAGUGACGUUCUGUUCCUGGCCGUCAAGCCACACAUCAUCCCCUUCGUUCUGGAUGAGAUCGGUCCAGAUAUCGAGGACCGUCACCUGAUCGUCUCCUGCGCCGCUGGAGUCACUAUCAGCUCCAUUGAGAAGAAGCUGCUCCAGUACCGCGCGGCUCCUAAAGUGAUGCGGUGCAUGACGAACACGCCGGUGGUGGUGCGCGAGGGAGCGACGGUUUACGCCACAGGAAGUCACGCCGAGGUGGAGGACGGGAAGCUCCUGGAGCAGCUGAUGGCCAGCGUGGGCUUCUGCACCGAGGUGGAGGAGGACCUGAUCGACGCCGUGACGGGCCUCAGCGGCAGCGGACCUGCUUACGCGUUCACGGCUCUUGAUGCUCUGGCUGACGGCGGGGUGAAGAUGGGGUUGCCACGGCGACUGGCGGUGAGACUGGGAGCUCAAGCUUUAUUGGGAGCAGCUAAGAUGCUUCUGGACUCGGAGCAGCACCCGGGGCAGCUGAAGGACAACGUCUGCUCACCAGGUGGCGCUACCAUCCACGCGCUGCACUUCCUGGAGAGCGGAGGCUUCCGGAGUCUCCUCAUCAACGCCGUGGAGGCCUCCUGCAUCCGGACCAGGGAGCUGCAGUUUCUGGCCGAUCAGGAGAAGAUCUCGCCCGCUGCCAUCAAGAAGACGACGCUGGAUAAAGUGCUGCAGCAGCCGGGUGUCUCGUCCACGUCGGUCGCCACCAAGAGCAGAGUGAACCUGUUCAACAACAGGACCGGCGUCAAGAAGUGAACACACACACACACACACAGGACAAUACAAGAACUGUGCCGUCCAUCCAUACACACACACACACACACACACACACACACAUAUUCAGACUGAAAUGCAUUAUGGGUCUGUGCUUGUGCUGACAGAGCGCCUCCUGUUACACUGGUACAGUAUUACACCGGGAAACACAAGUCAUAAAGAGUGUUAUUAACAUUAUUAUUUGCACCUUCAUAUCUAUAAAGUCCGUGGCAAUUCAAAGGGAAUAAUGUAAAUGGUUUCCAAACAGGUUUUUAUGUCUAUGGUCACUCUGUUCUAGGAUGAAACUGGAUACAUGA